AUGCACCACAGAAAAGCACCUGCUGCUGCUGGUGUUAAAUUUCUCUUGCUAGUAUUGUGCCUCUUUCUUUGCUUUGUCAACUCUGCCAGUCAAUUGGAACCACCUUCAGAUGUCACUUUAACAAAUUACAACACGACAGAGUUUGCAAUUCUUUUGAGCAAUAUAACAAGUAAUUUAACACAGGCAGAGGCGGAAAUUGUCAUGACCAGCUCGAGUAAAUUCCUCCCUUCCGUGUUGAUACCUAUCAGGGCUUGUGUUGCGUUGAUUUUUGACAGUUUUUUGUUUAUUUGCAUAUUUGCAUUGCGAGAUUAUGAACCACUCAAGUCAAAGUUGUUUAUUUCGUUUGUAUUGACUACAAUUAAUGUUAUUUGUCAUUUACCUGCUUCACUCGACACAAUUCCAUUCAUCCGAGUUUAUUUUGAAAGUUAUUGGAAUCAAUUUAUAUUCGAAAGGUCAAUUAAUCCAUCUCUUGAUGCUCAAACCUUCUACAAGAACAAUCUAGAUUCGAAUGGAUUACCCACAUGGUUAGGAAAUUACAUAACCUUUGAGAAUGUUUACUGUUUCAUUGGUGAAUAUGUCAUUUAUGGUUUAAUUAUUGGAAGUGUUUCGUUAUAUGCGAUUCAGAUAGCCAAAUUCAUACUACUGAAUAUCAUUAGGAAUAUGAGACAGUCAAUUGUGAAAACUAUGGAAGAAUUUAAAAAGAAACAAUUUGAAAAGAUGAAUGCGAGUGCCCUUUCGAAUAAGAAAAUUUCUGAUACUUCUUCCAACUCUAAUUUGGAAUUGUCGAGAUCGAAUAGUAGCCUUACUCGAUCUUCACAAUCUUUGAAGGGUGUUUUGGCUCUUGAUUUGAGUUCUGUACCUAGUACGAAUGUAUCAUCAGCAUCAGAUGUUUCGAAUAUAACACAAGUGAGACCUUUAUCUGCGAGAAGUUCAAGAAAGAAUGCUAGCAUUGAAAUUGAAGCAGCAAAUGCAUUGUAUGAAGAUAUUGCAUUGGAUUUCGAUGAUGGCGUGUCAAAUUCUGAUCUUGAUGUAAUUUCGAAUAGGGGAAAAUUGGUGAAUUUCUUAAAGAGAGUCAUCAAGUUUAGAAUUAUAGAAAUUGGUUUCGUUUCUCUUUGUGUAAUUAUUUGGUAUGUUAUGAUUAGUGUUCAGAUAGCAAGUCACAAGCCAGACAAGUGGAGUUCACUUUUCCAUAAUUGGGAUUCGUAUAGUGGAUAUUGCAGAAAAGAGGAUAGAAGUGCAAUCUUUUUCAUGGAUGCUGGACUAUCGAUUGCAAUAUUUCUCGUCAUUCCAAUUCUGUUAAUCAGCGAUUUUUUCAUUUCUCUUUACCAUUAUAAGAAACAAAGACGAAACAAUACGGAAAGAGGAGAAAAGACUUCGAAUUUCUUCAUUUACAUUUAUUAUGAAUCUGAUCCUUUCGUAUAUAGAAUAGAAAGUACAUGUGUUCUCACAAUAAGUGGAUUUUCCUUAUUGAUUUACAUUCUUCUUUCUCCCUACUUUGACAAUCCAAUAAUUAAUCUUAUUGGAAACUUGUUCAUUGUUCUUGGAUUGAAUUUCCUUGGUGGCUCUGCAGGCAAUCCUGGAAUUACCAUUCUAAGAACAUUGUGGAAUUAUUACCUUGCAUAUAAAUCUAAACGAAACCAACAAACAGACAAUACCAAUGAUAUAGUAUUUGAGAAUAUUCAACAAUUAAUAUCCUCUCCAAUUAACUCAGCUACAAUUGACUAUGUAAUUUUACACAAAAAGGAACGAGAAUUAUUUUAUCAAUACUUGAAAAAUGAAUAUUCGAUUGAGAAUUUACUCUUUUAUGAAGAUUUACAUUUAUUGAGGAAGAUUAGUGCAAGUCAUUUGAGAUCUAAAAUAUCAAAAAUUAAGGAAAUGGUAAUAUUAUAUCUUUCAGAGGGAGAUUCAGUAUUUGAAGUUAACAUUUCCAAUAGGGUGAUCAAUAGUGAAUUGAAAGAGUAUAGAGAAUUACUCAUUUUACUCAAUCAGGAAAAUAUUAAGGUAAAUCAAUUACCUAAAAGAGUUGUGAAGGAUUCACAAACAAGAUAUUUUCCAAAUAUUGAUCUGACAAAAGAGGAAGAAAUGAAACCAUUGAUUGAAAAUCUUUGUAACCCAGCAGUAUUCAGUUCGUUAAGUUAUGAAAUUUACAAAAAUUUAAUGGAUUCCUAUUACAGAUUUAAUAAUUCUAGAAAAUGGAAGGAAUACAUCAAAUCAGUCACUAAUCAAGGACCAUAA